AUGCGAAAUCUGAAUCUGCAUCAUUAUACUCGUCCACAUUUGACUAUGAGACAACCUUUCCCCUUUCAGCUUAAUUUCCCUCCAAACCUGAGCAUUACGGCUUCUCCUUCAACCAUCAUGAUGAAAGCUUACAGAGGAAAGCUACCUCUUUCUGUUAUCACAGUUAUAGUCUGCGCUUUUGCAUUCCUUGCUCUUUUAUUCACUGAAAGACUAACUUUUCUUUCUUCCAAUCCGAUUCUCAAAUCCAAGCCCUGUGCUAGAAGAGCUGCUGUUGUAAAACCUAGUUAUCAUAAAACUGCAGAGGAGAACCUACAAAACACCGAAAUCGACGACAGGUUCGAGUUCGACCCUGAAGAGUGUGAUAUUACUCGAGGCAAGUGGGUGUUCAACAGCUCUAUCAAGACACUGUACAAUGAUAGUAGUUGUCCGUACCUGGACAGGCAAUACGCUUGCGUCAAAAAUGGUCGCCUUGAUUUCGACUACCAUCACUGGGAGUGGCAGCCCCACGACUGCAACUCGCCUAGAUUUGAUCCAGAACGUACACUUAAAAAGCUUCGAGGCAAAAGGCUUCUCUUUGCAGGUGAUUCUUUGCAAAGAAAUCAAUGGGAAUCUUUCGUUUGCAUGGUUGAGUGGACUAUACCUCCAGGAAAGAAGUCUAUGAAACUAGGCAAUGUUCGUUCAGUCUUCAAAGCUAAGGAAUAUAAUGCAACUAUCGAAUUUUAUUGGGCCCCGUUUCUUGUUGAAUCGAAUUCGGAUAUCGACGUUUUGGAUCCGAAGAAGAGAAUACUGAAAGUUGAUUCAGUCGCCAAGCACUCCAAACACUGGGAAGGAGCUGAUAUCCUUGCGUUUAAUUCUUACGUUUGGUGGAUGAUUGGUCUUAGACUUAAAACACUAUGGGGUUCAUUCGCAAACGGUGAAGAAGGUUAUUCGGAGCUGGAUACACCGGUUGCCUACCGAAUAGGUUUGAAAACAUGGGCCAACUGGAUCGAUUCGACCAUAAAUCCCAACAAGACUCGCGUUUUUUUCACAACUAUAUCCCCUGUACAUACAAGAAGCCAGGAUUGGGGCAAGAAUAAUGGGCUGAAAUGUUUCAACGAAACGAAGCCGGUGAUGAAGAAGAUGUGGGGAAGUGGUUUGGACAAGACGAUGAUGGGCGUGGUGGCGGAUGUGGUGAAGAAAAUGAAAGUUGCGGUAACGAUUGUUAAUAUAACGCAGCUGUCGGAGUACCGGGUAGAUGCACAUUCGUCGAUUUAUACGGAGACUGGAGGAAGACUGUUAACCGAUGAGGAAAAAGCCGACCCCAGACGCCAUGCAGAUUGCAUACAUUGGUGCCUGCCUGGAGUUCCAGAUACUUGGAAUCAAAUAUUUUCAGCACUUUUGUAAAAAGUUUCGCCUGUUGCAAAUUGUCAAGUCAUUUCAUAA